ACCAAUUUGUUACAGUGCAAGACUAGAGCAGCUUCAUUUGCGAUUCCGACGUUGACAGCGCGGUGGUGAGAGGCAUGGAAGUGGUGGUGCUCGUUUUACGGCGGUGACAUCUCGGGAAGAGCCCACAGAUAAGCGGGCUAUAUGGAGUCGGUGGUCUUCUUCCUCUUCUUUAUUUUUGUUGGGAAGAGAUGAGAAGAAAAAGAGAGAAGAAGGUGAGAUGUAGCUUACCAGAGGAGAGAGAGAGAGAGGGGGGGGGGGGGGUGUGAAUGCUGCUGGUAGAGAGAGAAUCGGCCUAUCUACAAGAACUGGAGGAGUGCCCGCUCUAGCCACUCAGACGCCAGGAAAAGAUAUCAUGGAUGCCGCCGUGACCCCACCCCCACACCACACAGCUAUCAUCCCACCCAACUCCCCACAUUCACCCAACCAUGACCCUUCUUUUAACUGCAACCUUCUCCUCCUUUUUUUCCCCACCCUUUCUCUCUCUCUCCUCCACACAAUCACCCUCCUUCUCUCUCUCUCUCUUUGUCUCUCUCCUUUUUAGCAGAACCACAUCUGCUACCAGCAUUCUGACUCCCCAAAAGCAGCCGACCUUUCCCUCUCUGUCGAUCUCUCUGUAUUAUAGCUUGGUUGAAUGAAUCACAGCGUUCCUGAAUGGGAGAUGGAAGGAGGACAAAGGAGCUCUACCAAGACUGGAGCAUGCGCCCUCCCCAAUAUCGACUCCUUCAGUGACAGCUUAUCCACGUGGGAUUAUGAAGUUGCAGAGCUCACAUGGCAGAACGGCCAACUGGCAAUGCACGGCUUAGGCCCGCCAAAGUCAAGCAGCUGCAAGCCCUUGCCAAAGCAGGUCUGGGAGAGGCAUCAGGCCAGCGGCACCCUCGAGUGCAUAGUGAACCAAGGCACCGGGUUGCCCGACAAGCCAUCGCCGAUCCCCGAGGCGAAGGAUCUCUCUCCAUGGUUCAAGGACGCCUUGGUUCCUUGCUCCAUCUCCGACGCACCCAGCUCCACCUUGCCCGGCUCCGACGGAGCGCUGCACCGGCCCCCCUUCGACCACACCAUGGGUUCGGACUCCGGUGCCUAUGCCGGCUCGUGCAAGGCCCCCCUUCCCGGCCUUGAUGACCGCGGGCGCCAUGAAAAGAUGGGAGCCCAAACUCAGCAGUACUGCAAGCGCCAGAAGCUCGCGGUCGUGCCCGAAUCCAGCCGCUCCGGCGCAAAUCUGAGCAUUUCUGGCAGCGCCACCUUCGGCCGAGACGACACGUUUGUAUCCGUUGGCACUUACGAGACGAGCGGUCACGUCGACGGGCUGACCACGCCAGCCGGCUCCCCGGAAAAUACGAGCACCGCGAAGGAUGAGCAGGACUCGGUGUGCCACAGCAGAUCCAAGAUGGAGGAAGAGAGUGAGAACUGCAAAAGCAAGGGUCAAGGAGCUCGUUCUUCAACUUCCUCCAGAAGAAGUAGAGCAGCGGCUACUCACAAUCAAUCUGAACGUAAAAGGAGAGAUCGGAUCAACCAGAAGAUGAAAGCUUUGCAGAGGUUGAUCCCAAAUUCCAGCAAGACGGACAAGGCUUCCGUGCUGGAUGAGGUGAUAGAGUACCUAAAACAGCUGCAGGCCACCGUCCAGAUCAUGAGCCAAACGAACAUGCAGCAGAUGAUGAUGCCAAUGAACAUGCAGCAGUUCCAGAUGUGCAUGCUGGCACAGAUGAGCAUGGGCGCCAACGCCGGCAUCCGGCCGGGCGCUGCCGGAGUGUCUCCGAUCCUCAACCCUUCUGGUUUCCAGCCACCAGGCCUUGUUGCGGCAUCCGUGGCAGCGGCUGGCCCCUGUGAUAGACUGGGAGAGAGAAUGGCAGGGGCGUCGACGUUGCCCGAUCCUUUCUCCGGCUUCCUAGCAUGCCAGGCACAGACCAUGAACGUGGAUCCUUUCAAAAUGGCAGCAAUGUAUCAGCAACUGUAUCAACAGCUGCCAUCCAACGUCGAUGGUUCAGGGGAAUAAGCGAAACUUCCAACCACAACGAUGUAAUUGAAUUAUGUAUACUGACACUAAUCCCCCUUAGUUGGUAAAAUUUUCUUUUCGAAAAGAUUGUUGAAUGAUCAUAAGCCUCCUAAAUUAGAGGACGAGAUUUAGUACUCUAAGCGAGUGCUCUUCCAUAAAAACAUUGUGUGUAGGAUUCACACUCAAUUUGAAUAGUGCAGCCUUCUCCCCAAAGCGGAGUUGUUA